AUGAGCUCAUCCGACCUCAAGAACGCAAGUUUGGCGGAAGAUAUUAUUCCUUCUUUCGACAGUGACCAAGAGCGUCCUAGCAACUCCAGCGGAUCCAUGGAGUCUAGAUGGCCCGACGAAAUCGAGCUGCUGAAACGGAUCCGGAGGAGUGACGGCGAGGACGUUCAGGAUGAGUCGCAAUUCCUUGGCAUCAAUGUGGGCACACGCAACACGAGUUCAGGACUUGCUGAACAAGACUCAACCACUGAAUACGUCCUCUCGCUCGAAACAUACGGCCAGACCGAGGAGCUUGGACGCAGACGAGGGCUCAACGUGGAAUCUUUCGACUGGGAACGUGGGCAGAUGAAACGGUUGACCAUUUUAUCAAAUCAUCUCAGGAGAGUAUUUCAAGAAGUGGUGGACUUCUACCCAGCAGUGGAUCUUACACAAGCUCCCCUAGUCUUCUACAGCCCGUACAGCUUCCUGUUCCAUUUUCUCCCAAGCCUGGAAGGCUUAUCUAAGAAAAUAGAUGACAGGGAUUGCAGAUAUACCGACCUUCGUGUGCUACUCUUGCUGUGUGACAGGCACCUGUCCAAGCCAUUUGGGUUGUUACGCAGCACGCUCGAUAGUGGGAGGAUUUCUUUUUUCGCAUUAGAGAUCUUAUUCCGUCCUGGUGUCAAGUUGCUAGCCCGAGACCAUCUCUGCCAAUGGCAGGUCUUCAUGUGCGUUGAAGCAAAGCAAGAGCCUAAAGGGAUGACGCGUACCAUUAGAUCUGGUGAUGAUGAGAUGGCUGUGACGGCAUACAGAGUCGCCGCGUGGCAUUUAGCCUGGAACCCUGUCCUGAACAAAUUUGAGCGCCAAAUGAUAAGGUUUCGGGUGGCGAAUUUCGAUGGCUCACGGGCAAUCAACACCCUAUCAGUCUUUCCCCUCGACUUCUUCGGAGACGAACCGAGUCGAGAUGCCUUGAUUGAAUCUCUUGUACAGCGUGGUCACCGAUGGCACCAGCUUGCUUCGAGAAAGCCCACUUGUUGGUUGCACGAGGGGGCUUCUCUUGUGACCCCCGGAAGAUUGUAUGAUGGAGGUUACGAGACUGUCGAGCCCAAACAUCACGUAGGACGUGUGAUUGUGGAUAGCACAGCGUCUAUUGAUUACUCUUGGGUCUUCUCUGUAAACCCUUGGCGUUCGACUGGUGGGGCUACGUUCUGGGAUAAUCGACCCGAAUUCUUUUCAUACGAUGACCUGCCACCAGAGGGCGACUUCGUCGAUGAACAAGCCCUCUUCUGCCCUGCUAGUAUAAGCUGUUUUGAAGUGGUCAACCAAGUGCAGCUCGUCCUUGCAAUAUCUCAUCUACGACCUGUGCAGUGGAACAAGGCAGCUCUUGACCAACUUCUUCUUCACCAAGAUAAGAAAGAAAGAAUAUCCUCAUUGAUCCAGAACUAUGCUGAAAAAACCGUCAAGGAUCUGACCAACACAAUUGCAGGCAAAGGCGCGGGUCUUGUGUUCGUUCUCUAUGGGCCUCCUGGGGUUGGAAAGACCCUUACAGCUGAAAGUGUUGCUGAAUUUCAUGAGAUGCCUUUGAUUAGUGUUCGUCUUACUGACCUUGUGGGAGGCUAUGAUGGAUCGAAAAGCAGUGUCUGGUGGAUAAUCGACAAGGCUGAUGAACUGGGUGCUAUCCUGCUUCUCGAUGAAGCCGAUGUAAUAUUGGAAUCAAGAUCAUAUGAAGAUGUCAGGAGAAAUACUUUUGUUUCAAAAUUCCUGCGUACAGUUGAGUACUUCAAUGGGAUACUCUUCAUGACCACAAACCGCUUGGAAACCAUGGAUGUCGCAUUUAGGUCUCGCAUUCAGAUGGCUAUCGAGUAUAAGUCCUUCUCCAAGGCCACACGUCGUAAGAUAUGGUCCAAUAUCAUCAACAGGGUGAAGGACGAAGAAUCUCGGGAAGAACUUCUCGAAGAGCUGGACUAUUUGAAAGGAUUGGAUCUGAACGGCCGGGAGAUUCAGAACGUCGUGAAGAUGGCUCAGUCGAUGGCACUGGGAAUCAGCCACAGCAGCAGCGGCAAAAUAAAAGGAACUGUUGAACGAAAACAAGCGUGCCUCAACAUCUCCCAUAUCAAGAAGGCUGCAGAUGAGGCCUUGAGCUUCCAGAAAUAUUUUAAAGACCAGAAGGAGGUCUCAAGAUCUCAUCUGCAGGUAAAUAUACAAGGUAAACGGAAGGGCCAGAGAAAUAAUCAUGAAUCGGAUGAUGAGUCUGACGACGAAUAA